UGCAGAGCUCACUCUCUCUCUCUCUCUCUCCAUACCGGCGGUCAUGAUGUCACUCUCUCUCCCUCACUCUCUCCCUCGCGCUCCUCCGCCACCACGCCUCACUCUUUUCCGACGCUCCUCCCUCAAUCUCAGAGCCUCCCUCAAUUCCCAACCUUCCCGCCGCACCUUUAGUGUUCGACUCCCUGCCGCCGCAAAUCAACCAGUUACGACAAAGUUACAAAUGGAACAUUUUGCAAGCAUUUCUUCCUCAAACAGUCGAGAGACAUCUUCGGUUGGUGUCAACCCACCAUAUUCAGUACCUCCCCCGCCCUCCAAUAUAGGAUCACCUCUAUUUUGGAUUGGUGUUGGGGUUGCGUUUUCUGCAGUAUUUUCAUGGGCGGCUGGAAAGCUAAAGCAAUAUGCAAUGCAACAAGCUCUUAAGACUAUGAUGGGCCAGAUGAAUACACAAAAUGACCAGUUUAGCAGUGCUGCAUUUUCUCCGGGAUCACCCUUUCCAUUUCCAGCAGCUCCAGCAUCGCCUUCUGCCUCAGGAUUUUCAGCACCAUCUCAAUCUUCUUCUUACACUGACGUAUCUGCAACCAAUGUAGAUAAAUCACCACCACCACCACCAGCAUCAUCAUCCAUUGCUUCCGCACCUGUUACUGAUGUCAAAGAUGAAGAAGAACCAAAGAAACAAAACCAAUUUGCUUUUGUAGAUGUUAAUCCAGAAGAAACUGCGCAAAAAAGUCCUUUUGAGAGUAGCUUAAAUGAUACCGCAACAGGUUCAUCCAAGGAAAUCAAGAAUAACGUUGAUGGUUCUCAAAAUGGAGCUGCUUUUAAGCAGGAAAUGGAUGCUUCCUCAGGGUCUCAAACGACUGGAAAAGCAGAUUCUGCUCCGUCAGUGGAAGCAUUGGAGAAAAUGUUGCAAGAUCCGAUUGUACAGAAGAUGGUUUACCCCCAUUUACCUGAGGAGAUGAGGAAUCCCGCUACUUUUAAAUGGAUGCUAGAAAAUCCACAAUAUCGCCAACAGCUAGAAGACAUGUUACGUAGUAUGAGUGGAAACAGUGAAUGGGACAACAGAAUGAUUGAUUCUUUGAAAAACUUUGAUCUUAGCAGUCCAGAGGUCAAGCAGCAGUUUGAUCAGAUUGGGCUUACACCUGAGGAAGCUAUUUCAAAAAUAAUGGCCAAUCCUGAUGUUGCUAUGGCAUUUCAAAAUCCAAGAGUUCAAGCCGCCAUAAUGGAUUGUUCGCAGGAUCCGAAUAGUAUUAUGAAAUAUCAACAUGAUAAGGAGGUGAUGGAUGUCUUCAAUAAAAUAUCAGAACUUUUCCCCGGAGUGUCUGGUCCACCUUGAUACUACAAGCUUUCCUGAGCAUCACUCAUUUUCAUGACCAUUCAGUCAUAGCGUGUCAUAUUAGUGCUCUGUUUUGAUAUGGUAAUUAGAUGUUGGUGUAAUCAAUUGGAUGAACUGAAAGCGAAAUGUUGCUGUGGGAGUAAAUUGUAUAUUGAGUUCUGAAAUUUUUAAAAAAAUCUUUUUGUUUUUUGGGGUUUUGUAGCUGCACUGGAGAUGUUAUAUAGCAAAUUAUGAGCAAUUCAAUG